CAAAACCCUUAGUCCUUCGUCCCCCAAUUCUCUCAACUCCGCAGCCGCUUAGGGUUAGAGAGAGCACUAGAGAGCUGCUUCAACAAUGGUGUCUGGGUCAGGAAUCUGCGCCAAGCGCGUGGUGGUUGACGCGCGUCACCACAUGCUCGGCCGCUUGGCUUCCAUCAUCGCCAAGGAGCUCCUGAACGGCCAGAAGGUGGUCGUCGUUCGCUGCGAGGAGAUCUGCAUCUCCGGUGGACUUGUGAGACAAAAGAUGAAGUACAUGCGCUUCUUGCGUAAGCGCAUGAACACCAAGCCCUCUCACGGCCCCAUUCACUUCCGCGCCCCUGCUAAGAUCCUCUGGCGCACCAUCCGUGGGAUGAUUCCACACAAGACCAAGCGUGGAGCUGCCGCUCUUGCCCGUCUGAAGGCCUAUGAGGGAAUUCCACCUCCUUAUGACAAGAUUAAGAGGAUGGUUAUUCCUGAUGCUCUCAAGGUCUUGAGGCUACAAGCAGGACACAAAUACUGUUUGUUGGGCAAGCUUUCCUCAGAGGUUGGAUGGAACCACUAUGACACUAUCAGGGAGCUUGAGAAGAAGAGGAAGGAACGGUCUCAGAUUGCCUAUGAGAGGAAGAAACAGCUGAACAAACUGAGAGUCAAAGCAGAGAAGGUUGCUGAGGAGAAACUUGGUCCUCACUUAGAGAUAAUUGCUCCUAUCAAGUACUGAGCAGUAGACAUCUUUCUUUAAGAUGAAAAUGCUGUGAACUGAGUGGAGAUUGUUUUCCUAAUGAUACUUCGUAUUUAGGAUUCAGAUGACAUUAUGCAACAAACUAUGAUUUUGUUUAUUUCAACACCAUCACAGAAAUCCAAGAUUACCAGUGAUCAACUGUUGAGUGCGCUCUUCUCUGGCAUUCCUCUAAGCUCGGAUCUGAAGGGCAACAAUAAAAUGUAGAGUUGCUUCUGUGUUGAUGUGUGAGCAGUAGAGCAAGUAGAUUGGGAAGAUUCGCUACAUCUAGAUGGUUGUGUGGUGCUACAAGUAUCGCAAUUGAGCGCCUUGGCUUCAACAAUAUGCUUCCUUACUUUCAUUUUUGUGUCUAGUUUUUUGUAUGCUCACUCAUAAAUGAGCUUAUUGUCUAAUGUAAUGGGGCUAUAUAACCCUCGAAGUUACUGUAGAUUGUCAUUCUAGCCUCAGAUUAUCAAUAAAACUUUCAUUUUGUUUAAAAAAUAAUAAUGUCAAAUUGAUCCUUACAAAUC